GAAGCAAACUGUAGCCUGAAACAUUGCCAGUGCGAAAAAAAAAUCAAGUUUAUGUAGUCGAAGAAAUAAACAUGGCGACAUUACAGACAGCGUCGUCUUGUAAGUUGAAGACGGAAAUAACGAUGGAAAUAACUAGCGUGCUUUGACGUUACCAUGAGUUAACUCUUAAUGUCCAUGGCUGUUGUGUAAACACAGUGAACGUUAGCGCGUAGCAGCCUCCUGUUUCAUUAAAGCUGCUGGUUUCGUUACGUCUAGCGGCCGCGUGGGAACAUUACAAGCCAAGUUUCAGUUUUUUUCAGGAGUUAUGUAUCCCACAAGUAAAGAAAUGGAUGGACUGCACAGUGGGACUGGUGUCUUCUACCAGGCAAUGCCUGCUGUUGGAGCCGAUGGAAAGAACAUCAUGAAACUGAUUCCUGUGCAAAUGGUCAAUGGACAAUUCAUCCAAAAUCAAAUAAGCAAACCAAGAAAGGAUUAUACUCCACAGAAAGCCGUACCCAUAAAUUUUUCCUCAGCUCCUGUUCCGGUGGUAAAAAAGGCAGCUUUGAAUAAUCCUUCUGUCACUCAGCAAGUAGUCAGGAAGCAGUUUUCCUUUGUGAAUGCUUUUUCUAAUCAGUUAGGACUGGAUAUAGAAAAUUCACUAAACAAGCAUCCACCACAGCAAUACACUGAAAAUGUAAUGGCCAAAGUAGCACCCAUUACAACACCUGCAACAAACAGUGGGAAGUCAGCAAGACUUCCAUGUCAGCUUCCAGUGACAGUGAAGUCUCCAGCUCUGCCCAGAGGACAGUACCUCCAGAUUCCCCCUGAUGCACAAGUCCGAACAGUCCCAGCAUCUGAACUCGCUCCGGGUAUCAAGAAACAGAUUUUUACUUCAUCAGCCAACUCUUCUCCAGGUUCAUGUUUACCCAAUGUGGUCUACGUGUCUCCAGUCAUGACCGUGGAUCAAGGCGUUACUCCACCAUGUGAUCCUGCACUUCACUCGCUCAAGCAGCUUUCUAAGACAUCGAGUAAGACUUCAUGUGGACCCCCAGCAGAACGAUCGAAACCACUUUUAAAAUUAAUUCCAAAGGUUUCACAAAGACCCAACAGCCCCAUAAAGUGGGUGAUCGAAGAGGAGGACAGCUCGGCAGCUCCAAAUCUGAAUCCUCCUGAUUCCCCUGCUGUUACUUCAGAGAUUCUUCGAGCCGUGGCAGAUAGAGAAAAUACGAGCAAGCACUGUGACGCCAUUAAAACAAAACUUUCUCUGUCGAGUCAGAGCAAAAGUGGAGAAGCACAGGAAAACGCCUUGGUCAUGUGCAACGGGAAGGUCUUUUUUGUGGCCAAAAAAUGCAGCCUACCAUUUAAAAUGGGAAAAAGCGACUCGCCCACAGCAGCAACAAAAAGUUACAUAUUCAACAAAACCACCGGACCUUCAAGCCACCAACCUCUCAAGUCAGUCGCAGCUCAAACACAGGAGGACAUCAGAAUUAUUAUUCCCGAUGAGUCAGAUGAAGUGAUUGAUCUUUGUGACGAUGAUGCUCUGGAUGACUCGUCCCAACCAGCAGCAUCGGUUCAUACAUCAGCAGUCUCUCAUCAGGAUGACGACAAUGUCAUAUUUGUGUCAUAUAUUCCACCCAAGCCUGAGGCUGGGUCAACACACGAUUUGAGACUACAAACACAAACUGAGCAGGAAACAGAGCAGACGGGCACAAGCAGCUCAAGCAGCAUGACAGAGAAGGAGAGCCCGAAUGGUAGAACUGGUGGAGGUGUGGAUGAAGGCUCUGCUCUUGGAGGAACAAGACCUGUCCACAGCAGUUUAGACAGCACUGUCAAAAAUGUUGCACAUGUCUGUGGUUCAGCAGUGAGGAACACUCAUCAUGAUAAUGAGGGCUCAAACAUGGAGAGUCAGCAGAGCGCCUCCACCCAACAGGCGGAGGGAAUGGAAGCCGAUGUAGAAACAGAAAGUCCGGCAGGUCCCAGCUCGUCUGAGAGGAGCAGGGGGACGUGCUCUCUGAGACAGAAGGACACCCACAACAUGGAGAACAUUCCAAAUCCUGCAGCAUGUUCGACAUCUUCGCUGGCACCACAGCCGUGUCACGCGACCGACCACCUGCUGAGGCAGAUAUUUGGGAUUACAGCUGAUGUGAAAAUUAGCCUGCAGAGGAUCGAUGAAGCCUCAGCUGAGUCUGUCCCUGCAGAGCCUCUGAAGAGUGAGUCCAUACGCCCAGCGGAGGAUCAACAGGAAGCAGCCAGUGGGUUGAAAGAGAAAGAACUGGUUUUACAGGACCCUCCCAGGUCCUGUGACAAACAAAAAACUGGUAGCAUCAAUGACAAAAGAGUGGAACUGCUAAAUGAAAAGGAAACGUCAGCAGACCCUGCCACUCCAACUCCACACACACAUAUCACGCCUCUCAAAUAUGCUCUUUGCACACUGAAGACACGUCUCUCUGCUUUGCAGAACAGCUGUCGUUCAGGUCCAAGUUCAGUCGACGGCGCAUCGUGUGACGAUGAAAACGCACCAGUGACUGGCUACGUAGAACCAAUAGAUGAAGAUUUCCCCUGCACAGAUGCAAAAGAUAUCCCUGUGUCACUGGGAGCAGCUGCCCACCCACAGACUCAGACUUGCUUGGGUCUGAAUGCAAAUACAAGGAGAGUAGGACGGACGAGGAAACGCACCAUGUGUCCCUGUUGCUCCCCCGGUACUCUGGAACCCGCAGUGAAGUCCAGCACAAGGUUAGAAGAGCUGGAGAAGUGGGCAUGGAUGACAGAGCAGAUGAGUAAAAAAGGGGGGCGAACAAAGGCUCCUAGAAAAGAUGGAAAAAUCAGCUUCUGCACCCAAACUGAUCAACUCUUUAUUUGUACACAAGGAAAUACACGGAGCAUGGAUUCCACUGACAGACUGGAAAUCUACAUCCCAGUGGAGGCUGAGGUGAAAAACAUCCCUCUGUGGAGUUUACCAGGCUCAGUGCUCAGAAGAAUGGGCCUCCCUCUGUCUGACUCUGAAGGCUCCGGGAACCUCGCAGGCUCUCCAGAAGGCAUAUGGAUUUGUCCAGUAGUCACACGGAGGAAAGGGCAGAAACAGGCCUCCCACACAGGAAACGGUGCGAUAGAAAACAUGUCCUCACUGCUGGGCAGGAAGUUUCAGGCUUCACCAGGUCCCCUCCGAAUGUCUUUUGUCUCUUCCAACCAUGCUGCUUACAAGGUGCUGAAGGAUGUCGCUCCUGGGAAAACCGUCUCCACGCAAAGAUCUCACACCUCCCUGUUGCCUCAGGGCUCGGCAUCAAAAACCCACCAAGAUGCUGUCGUUAUCUACCGUGGAUCUAUUUACCUGUCCAUCAGGAAGUCCAGUCGAAGACAGAGUCAGCAAGAGACACGUGACCCACAGCCGGCUGCCCGGUCUUCCAUUUCUUCUGCAUCGUCAUCUAAAAGUCUGAAGAAGGAGAUGCAGAAGGAUAACAGGCCCAAGAAGAAAGACACCACGUGUAAUGUAACACACAGUGAAAACAAGAACGAUGUUACACACAAGGUAAGGGAUGUGUCCUCAUCUGGGACUGCUCGUUCUGUCCCUCAGUCCACUGGUAGUGUGGACAAAGUGGACAGCCACUGUCCCAGGGAUCCUAGAGGAGAGCAGGCCUCAGAGGACGCAGCAGCUCUGCAGCCAACUUGGUCUCAGCCUGAGGGGGAGCAGGAGGCGCUGACCAACAACAACCACAGCAGUGGUGGUGAAAGUGAGAUGCAGGACCUGGACGGUGAAGACGCUGAGAGCUCCAGUCAAAACCAUGACAUGGACACUAAUAUGCAAAUCGACGGUGGUGAAGUUAACCAGAGCUGCACCAGGGGAGAGGCUCUGGGUGCAGCUUAUGGCUCCACGUCACUGGGGAACGAGUUUGACUUUAAGCAGCUGGAACAAGAGGAGAAGAUCUCUCAAAUGAAGGCCAGGCUCAGACGGAGUGAAGCUGCUGUCAGCGGCUUUCCCUCCUUAUAAUGAGCGCAUUGUUCAGUGAAUGAGUUCAUCAUGUGCAUUUUUACCUCACUCAUUUAUGUAAGUUACGCAUUAAAAUCAUAAAAUAUACUACCCCAAUUUUUAUAAUGAGAGCACACCCCUUGAAGAGGGAUCGAUCACUAUCUUUCAGUGCAGGUUGGACAGUACGUUGUAUUUAAAGUCCCUGAGCCUGGAGCGAGCUGCAGAGGUCUGGUGAGCUCACUCCUUUCUAACUCCACACACACACAUUUUUCACAUUUCAAAUUUGUAGUCUUCAGACUGAUGCUGGCUCUAGUGUCCUCACUGAGGACAUUCAUCAGACCUCACACAGCUCCCUCUGGAGACACUGAAAGCCUUCAUACUACACUCGUACUUCCCAACACCUGGAAACGGACUCUGAUGUGUAAAAUUGGUCGAGUUCUCCUUAGAUCAUGUAUCGGUCUUUAUUUUUAUAAAGUGCAAAAAAAAUGACUGCCUCCAGGGGUCGCUAGUGGGACUUUUGUCUCACAGUUGACAGUUUUCCAACCCAUGAGACACUGUAUGUAGCUGUGUGCUCACUGUCAUGUUGUUUUAGGACACUUCUUCCUCUCAAGUCUAUUUGUUCCCAUUACUACUUCCUUAGGUUUUUAUGUACAUGACUUUUGUACCUUGUUGACUUUAUAUGAAAGAACCUGACUCUCAUGUCUCAUGUCUUCUGACACUGUGCAGGAAAAUAAAUCCUCAGCCUGACAUAGCUGCUCCCAUCACCCCGAUUUAUCCAACAGUGGCUUUGAUCUGAGUUUUAGUUAUACAUGCCAUCAAAUGAGAUCUCAUACUGUUCCUGCUAAUAUCCAUGUUUGCAAUAAAGAAAGAGUAGGUACAGGA